GCCGCGCCACGCACGGAAACUCGCCUUCCAGAAGGAAGCUUGUGUAGGAAAUUAUGGCGACCGUCACAGAGCAGUGGGUGCUGGUGGAGAUGGUUCAGGCGCUGUACGAGGCUCCCGCUUACCAUCUUAUCUUGGAAGGAAUUCUGAUACUCUGGAUAAUCAGACUUCUUUUCUCUAAAACUUACAAACUGCAAGAACGAUCUGAUCUUACAGUCAAGGAAAAGGAAGAAUUGAUUGAAGAGUGGCAACCAGAACCUCUUGUUCCUCCUAUAUCGAAAGACCAUCCUGCUCUCAACUACAACAUCGUAUCAGGCCCUCCAAGUCACAACAUCGUGGUGAAUGGGAAAGAAUGUAUCAACUUUGCCUCAUUUAAUUUUCUUGGUUUGCUGGAUAACCCUAGGGUCAAGGCAGCAGCUUUGGCAUCUCUAAAGAAGUAUGGUGUGGGGACAUGCGGACCUAGAGGAUUUUAUGGCACAUUUGAUGUGCACUUGGAUUUGGAAGAUCGUCUAGCAAAAUUUAUGAAGACAGAAGAAGCCAUUAUCUAUUCGUACGGAUUUGCUACCAUAGCCAGUGCUAUUCCUGCUUACUCUAAGAGAGGGGACAUUGUAUUUGUAGAUCGAGCUGCCUGCUUUGCUAUUCAGAAAGGAUUACAGGCAUCACGUAGUGACAUUAAGUUAUUUGAGCAUAAUGAUAUGGCUGACCUGGAGCAACUGCUAAAAGAACAAGAGAUUGAAGAUCAAAAGAAUCCUCGCAAGGCUCGUGUAACUCGACGCUUCAUUGUAGUCGAAGGGUUGUAUAUGAAUACUGGAACUAUUUGUCCUCUUCCAGAAUUGGUUAAGUUAAAAUACAAAUAUAAAGCCAGGAUCUUUCUGGAAGAAAGCCUUUCAUUUGGAGUCCUGGGGGAGCAUGGCCGAGGAGUCACUGAACACUUUGGAAUCAAUAUCGAUGAUAUUGAUCUUAUCAGUGCCAACAUGGAGAAUUCACUUGCUUCUAUUGGGGGUUUCUGCUGUGGCAGGUCUUUCGUAAUUGACCAUCAGAGACUUUCUGGCCAGGGGUACUGCUUUUCAGCUUCCUUGCCUCCCCUUUUAGCUGCUGCUGCAAUUGAGGCCCUCAACAUCAUGGAAGAGAAUCCAGGUAUUUUUGCAGUGUUGAAGGAAAAGUGCAAACGAAUUCAUAAAGCUUUACAAGGUAUUUCUGGGUUAAAAGUGGUCGGGGAGGCACUGUCUCCAGCUUUUCACCUGCAGCUACAAGAGAGCACUGGGUCACGAGAAAGGGAUGUUAAACUACUUCAGGAAAUUGUAAAUCAAUGCAUGAACAGGAGCAUUGCAUUGACUCAGGCUCGCUACUUGGAGAAAGAAGAGAAGUGCCUCCCUCCUCCAAGCAUUAGGGUUGUGGUCACAGUGGAACAAACAGAAGAGGAACUGGAGAAAGCGGCCUCCACAAUCAAGGAGGUAGCCCAAGCUGUCCUGCUGUAGUCUGUCUCAGGGCCUGGUGGCCACCACACAACACACAAAGGUCCCAGUGCUGCUGGGAGGGAACAUUGAAAGGUCCUUCACAUACCUGACACUGCUAUUGCAGCUGCAGUGGGUGUGAGCUCAGUGUGUGACCAUGAGCCAGACGCUGCUUAUUUCUACAAAGAAAACAUCUUGAAGCCCAGGAAGUGAUUUUUUUUAAAGGAAAACUAUUGACAGCAUAUAACUGGAAUUCAAAUUGUACUGUGUAUUUAGUACUAUUUAAAUGUUUUAUUGUAGUAGUAGUUUAUAUUCUUUUUUGUUGUCAUUGUUUAAAAAUGGAGCUUCAGUUUAUCUUCUCUCCCUUCUGUUGGUGAAGACUCUCUAAGUACUCUUUAAGACUUCAUAGAAAAAUGUCUGCAACAUGUAUGUAUUCUUGAAGAUCUAAUUCACCUCUGUCUUUUCCAGUCUUCACCCUGUGAAGCUCAAUGGUAGCUAACAUGUAAAGGAACACUUCUUGUGCAGUUAUAAAUUUUUCAUUAUAUUUGAAUCCUAGGAUUUUUAUAAACACUUAAUACUGCUGUUAUACCAUUUUGGACAGCUAAUUUGAACAUCUCUAACCAGGAAAUAGUCAUAAUACUUCCUAAGUGGACAAUAACUUAAAUCAGAUAUUAUUUUAUUUUAAUAGAAUAUACCUUUCCAUUUAUUAUAUGUAGACCUAAUCUGUUUUAGAAAGAGGAUUAUUAUGAUCAUGCUAAAAUAUAAAUUAUGUCCUCACUAUUUUAGAAAACCUUGCAUGUAUUCCUUUUUUGUGUAGUGGGUUUGCCUAGGGACAUGUAACUACAAGCUUUUUAUAAGCUAAGGAAAAUAAGUUUUUAUCUUUUCAGCUUAUUAAUACCAAAUGUUCAAAAAUGAUGCAGAGUACUAAAAAUAAAGUAUUUAAGCUAUACUUCAGCUGUUUUUUUCCUUAGUAAACCAAAUUAGGUGGUGUAAAUGUUUGUGACAUGUGUUGCAUAAAUAUUACACCAUUAUUUUUUCUCUUAUUAAAGGUAAAGGAAUGAUAUUGUAAAAAUAUUUUUAUAAUUUAUGUUCACAAUCUUUUUAAAUAACACAUUUUUUAAAACUUGGUUUCGGUUUUGCUUGAGGUAUUACAUACAUAUGUGCCUUGUGAUUGCUGCUACUGCUUAAAGGAUGAAUCUGUUUUGUUUGUUUUUAAUGAAAAUAAAUCUAUAUUCCUGAUCAUGACUCUUUUUCACAAAACAGGUGUCUGUUUUAUGAAAUUACUCUGUUUGCAUGUGUAAUGUAUUCAACAGACUUAGCCCUUUGAUUUUUUUUAAGAUUUUGUUUCUUUUUAGAGAGAGGAGGGAGAGAGAGAGAAAAGGAGACAAAUACCAGUGUGUGGUUGCCUCUAGUGUUCCCCCUACUGGGGACCUGGCCCACACACAACUCAGACAUGUGCCCUGACUGGGAACCAAACUGGUAACCCUUCAGUUUGCAGGUCUGUGUGCAUUCUACUGAACCAUACCAGCCAGGGCUUGAUUUUACUUUUUUUACCAAUCUAGGAUGGUAUUUUUGUGGGGGUUGGGAGGGUUCGAAAAUACUAAUUUCUCAAUACUUUAUUUCACUGUAUAGUACAAUAUCUGAAAUUCCCUAGGUUCCUACUAAUUUAAGCCUUGGCAACAUAGAACUACAAAAAUACCAGAACUAUGAUUUUAUAAAGGAUAAGGAUUAUAACUUUUCUACUACUUUAUACCUUCUAAGUCAAAGUUGCAGCAUCUAGAUUUUAUUGCUACUUUUGAAAAGUGAUUGUAAAUUCCUUUUACAAUCAUUUUUCAAAAGAUAGCUGAACACACAUUAUGUAACUUCAGUCUUUGAAAAACACCAACAUUUUAAACAAAAAAUAAUAUCUGUUAAAACUAUAGAGUAAUCACAAUUCAGUAAUGUACAACACCAAAAAUAAGAGCUAAGCAAAAUGUUAAGAAGAAAUUGUCAGCCCUGGCUGGCAUAGCUCAGUGGAUUGAGUGCGGGCCUGCAAACCAGAGUAUCGCGGUUCGAUUCCCAGUCAGGGCACAUGCCUGGGUUGCAGGCAAGUUCCCAGCAGGGAACGCAUGAGAGACAACCAUACAUUGAUAUUUCUCUCCCACUCUUUCUCAUUCCCUUCCCCUCUCUCGAAAAAUAAAUAAAAUAUUUUAAAAAAAAAGAAAUUGUCCUCUCAGAUCUGAUACAAAUUUCUCUUAGAAACAUAAGGUUUUGCAGUGCUCUGUAAUGAUCCUCUGUUGAGAAAUGCAAUGUCUAUGGCAAACAGCAGUUGUAACAUUGGAGGCCCAUUUCCACUCUGUACAGUUUCCCACAGAGGAUGAAGGAGCCAUGUGACUGCUCCCUUUCUGUUGUCUGCAGUGAGAGUUCAGUCCAACUCAGGAAAAGUCAGCUUUGAGGCAAGUUAGGACACUAACUGGACCGUGCAUUUUUCUUUUAUGUACUCUACUAUCUGUAAUAUGCCAUCAGUUGUAAAAUGCAUUUUAAUAUCACAGAGGUAAUGUGGGUGGGAAAUGUACAUCCUAAAAUCUAUGAAUCAAGACAAUAAUAAUCUGGUAUGUAGGCCUGAUGCCAUCUUUCCUUAUGGACAUAAAACCUUAGUCCCAGAAAUAACCUUAGUCCCAGAGAUGUUUGAGGAUAUUUCCAUCUGAUAUUAUUAUGCUAUUAAAUAAAACUAUCCAUUAUCCUACA